CUGCAACAAGCUGCCGAUUUCGCUCUCAAAGUUGCUCGGGAUAACAACGUUGCGUUCGAUGCCGCAAAAGGUGUCCUUGAUGGUCUCGAAGCGACUGUUAAAUCUCUUAAUUUUGCAUUAGAGGGAGCCAAAGGAUUGAUGGAUGCAGCUGCAUUUCUUGUUGAGAAAUCGGCAUUCGCAGUGACGGCUGCCCAAGGUGUAUUAGAUGGUGUGAACGAGGCCCAAAAGGCAGGAUUAAAGGCGGUCUCAUUUAUAGCCAAAGCUGGUCUUGGAGGCAUUAUAAAUAUCAAAGAACUACGAUUAAACGCUGAAUUGGCAGUAGCAGAUACUGGUGAAUUUGGGGGAACAAUAGUGGUGUCAUUCCUUGGCCAGGCAGAUGAUACAUUCUCCUUCAAAAUAAAGUUGUAUUCUAUAGAAGAUAUGGUUAUGAUAUUAGUGGAUAAAGUGAAGGACCUGUUAAAAUUGUAAUUGCAAUUUGUCUGUAAAUAUAUAUAAUCGAAUCAGUAGUAUUCCGAAC